AAGCAGUUCACACUUUAACUCCAAAGGCCAAGCCAUCGCCAUACGCAAAGCCAUGAUAGACAUCAGACUUGACACAGCUCCAUCAUAUAUAUAUAUAUACUGGAGAAAUCACGCCCGCUUAGAGAGACGGGCAGGACGGGACGUUACACACCUGGAAGAGAUGGCCGAAAACAAUAAUAAUAUAUGGAAGGCCGCCAAGUACCUAAAGUCUAGAGAGAAUAUAGCGUUUGGGAAAGUACCACAGCUCAAGAGAACAGAUAGAACCAUCACUACUAACUAUGAGAAACAAAUAGAAGAACUAUUAGCUAAAUUCUUUCCCCCCCUGCCAGACGAUAUUGAUGAUGAAGGACCUAGACCACAGAGAGCACCAAUAGAGAUGCCUACUAUUACCAUAGAGGAAGCACUGGGAGAAGAUGGCCUGCCGGCGAUAGUUUGGAAGAUAACUUGGGCCGUGGUCAAACAUAGGGUCCUUAACCUAUUCUCCACGUCCCUAGAAGAGAGCACGUUACCAACGACACUUGGUAAGAAAGGAUCUCCCACGCAGUGGAGACAUACAGCCUACUCCCCACAAGCCACUUUGGAGCUCGGAAACA